UUUAUUAACGUUAGCUAUGCUAGCACACGUAGCAUUGUGUAAUUAACAACCUUAAUGUUAAAUGUGUUAAUGUUGUGUAACAUUUGGUUAUAGUGACACAGAGCAGCUGUACAUCUGUCUUUGAGCCGGGAUGUUUACAUAAACUAAUGUUUUAUUUUCUGCUGACGUCACGUUGUUUAUAUUCGCAGAUAUCGUGAGAUUUGGACGGAGAACAUGUUWUUUCUGCAACUAUCGCGAGAUUCAGUUUGUAGUUUUGGAAACAGGAUUAACACUGAUGAAAUUAGCAUCACAAGAAAAGCGUAGUUUAUAUUUUUAUUUAAUAAAACAAAAAUACAGAAUAUAGUUAGAGUUACAGAGUCACAAACAUGAACUGUAGGUUUGUGAAUCACCAGUAAAGUCAAAGAAGGAAAUGACGUAAUGUUGAGGCGGAGCUAAUCUAGGCGCGAAAUCAUUUCUUUGAACCGGGAACAGAGCAGCUCGUGGAGCCGUGCUUUUCGUCAGAAACCAGAUAAAUUAGAGUUUAGUUUCCUGCAGGUUCAAACUGAACGUGUUGCCACCAUGCCCGCCUCAGAUCUCACAGAUGUUUCUGCAUCUUCUCCAUCCAAGAAGCUCAGAGCUGCAGAGCACACUCCAGAGCACACUCCAGAGCACACUCCAGAGCACACUCCAGAGCACACUCCAGUCCUCAGGUUUGCUAAGCUGUCUGAGCACGCCACCACCCCGACCCGUGGUUCUGCUAAAGCUGCAGGCUUCGACCUGUACAGUGCGUACGAUUACUCCAUCGGAGGCCUGGACAAGGCCGUCGUGAAGACUGACAUUCAGAUCGCUGUUCCUCAUGGGCACUACGGCAGAGUGGCACCGCGGUCGGGCCUGGCAGCCAAACACUUCAUCGAUGUAGGAGCGGGCGUCGUCGAUGAAGACUACCGAGGAAACGUGGGCGUGGUGCUCUUUAACUUCAGCAAGGAGACGUUUGAAGUGAAGAAAGGUGACCGGGUCGCUCAGCUGGUCUGUGAGAAGAUCUGUUACCCAGAACUGGUCCAGGAGGAGACUCUUGAUGAAACUAAACGUGGCUCUGGAGGCUUCGGAUCAACUGGACGCAACUGAAAGCUCUGAAUAAAUGUAAACAUCUGGUUUCUGUAAUAAAACUGAUUAUUUUUUGUAAAACUCA